AUGAGGGACGCAGAGGCGGUGCGGUAUGACCGCCAAAUUCGGCUAUGGGGCAAAUCGACGCAGCAGCAGCUGAUGCACACAAGCGUCGCGCUGCACGGUGUUGCCGGUGCCGCUGCGGAGGCAGCAAAGAAUUUGGUCCUGGCAGGUGUGCGCGCGGUGGCCGUCGUCGAUGAAGGUCUUGUCACAGAUGCCGACGCGCGCACCAACUACUUGAUGCAGGGCGAGGCGGGAGGCACGCGCGGCGCUCGCGCGCUUGGCGCACUGCAGCGGCUGAACCCACACGUAUCGGUGUACGACGCAGUCACCAAACUGGAUGGCUCUUCGGGAACACGGGUGACGAUGGCUGCCGUCAGCACUGAAGAGGACGCCGUGCCGCAUGCCCAAGCUGCUUUGCCGUGCGCUGACAUCGUCGCACUGCAUGUUACGUGCGGGCCCACUGUUCUGGCACUCUUCCUCUAUCGGCGGCUGCCGGCGCACUCGUUGGCGGAGCAGUGGCGUCACCUCGUGGCAGAACCGAGUCUUUUGGCAGAGAAGCCGCGCGGCUACCAGAGAGCCGUUUUGGCGCUGCAGGUGCGGACAGAAGCCGUGUCGCUUGGGUUCGCGGCGGCAGCGGCGAAGGCAUACGAGGUGGUGAGCCAGUUGCAACUACAGCAGCUGACCGUCGCCGAUGUGCAGGAAGUACUGCAGACCUGUGCGCACGGCGCCCGCUCGGCAGACUGCGUUAGCGACACGAUUGCCGGCGCGUGUAUCGCCCAGCACCUGAUCCGCCAAAUCGGCGCCAUCAACCACCCGCCGGACUCGCAGUCGUAUCACUGGAUGCUGUGCGAGUGCGGUGCGGAGGUGGAGUGCCUUGUCGGGUUGUAG